GAGCUAUUUUGAAUGAAGCUCCAAAAUUGAGGGUUUUGGGGUUCUUCUUCGAGUCCAGAAAGGGGCACUGCUGAAAAGUAUCGGUCCCCACCCCCUCUCCGGCACACUCUGUGAGAGAUGGAAAGUAGCAGUGGGAGCACCAGCUGUGCUGGUGAGUGGAGAGCAGAUGAAGCUAUAGCCGGCAAUGCUGAAGCUCUUCGUGUUCUCAGAGAACUCAUCACAUAUCCUCUUCUUUACUCUGCUGAAUCUCGAAAACUUGGCCUAAAGUGGCCACGUGGGUUGUUGCUAUAUGGACCUCCUGGAACUGGCAAGACAAGCUUAGUUCGAGCAGUUGUUCAAGAAUGUGGUGCCCAUUUGAUUGUAAUAAGUCCCCAUUCUGUUCACAGGGCUCAUGCUGGUGAAAGUGAGAAAAUUUUGCGGGAGGCAUUUUCAGAAGCAUCAUCUCAUGCAAAAUUAGGCAAGCCAUCAGUCAUCUUUUUAGAUGAAAUAGAUGCUCUUUGUCCUCGUAGAGAUUCUAGAAGGGAGCAAGAAAUUCGUGUAGCCUCUCAGCUCUUUAUGUUGAUGGAUUCCAUUAAAUCCUCAUCGACAUCAGUAUCACAUGUUGUGGUGGUAGCAUCAACCAAUAGGCCGGAUGCUAUUGAUCCAGCUUUAAGAAGGGCUGGACGUUUUGAUGCUGAAAUUGAAGUCACAACACCUACUGAGGAAGAGCGGUUGCAUAUUCUCAAGCUUUAUACAAAGAAGCUUCAAUUGGAUGUGAGUGUUGAUCUUCGAGCAGUUGCAGUAUCUUGUAAUGGUUAUGUUGGGGCAGAUUUAGAGGCGCUGUGUCGUGAAGCUGCAAUGUCUGCAGUAAGAAAGUGCUCUGAUUCAAAUAUAGAGGAUGAUUCUUACAGCAUUAAUAUGGAAGAUUGGAAGCAUGCCAGAUCAGUGGUUGGCCCUAGUAUAACGAGGGGUGUUACUGUUGAAAUCCCAAAGGUUUCUUGGGAAGAUAUUGGAGGGUUGAAAGACAUUAAGAAAAAGCUUCAGCAAGCUGUUGAAUGGCCUUUAAAACACUCAGAAGCAUUUGAACGGCUGGGAGUAUCACCUUCCCGUGGAAUCCUUCUUCAUGGUCCACCAGGGUGCUCCAAAACAACCCUUGCUAAAGCUGCUGCUCAUGCUGCCCAAGCUUCAUUCUUCUCCUUGAGUGGUGCAGAGCUGUACUCUAUGUAUGUUGGUGAGGGUGAAGCUUUAUUGCGCAAUGCUUUCCGAAGAGCUCGCCUUGCAGCACCAAGUAUAAUAUUCUUUGAUGAGGCUGAUGUAGUUGCAACCAAACGAGGAGGAAGUUCAAGUGGAAGCAGUACAGUUGGAGAGAGACUGUUAUCCACCCUCCUAACCGAAAUGGAUGGCUUAGAGCAGGCUAAAGGAAUUCUUGUUUUGGCUGCCACAAAUCGCCCCCACGCAAUUGAUGCUGCACUGAUGCGACCAGGAAGAUUUGAUCUCGUUCUUUAUGUCCCCCCUCCUGACUUAGAUGCUCGAUUCGAGGUUCUCAGUGUUCAUACACGAGAUAUGAAAUUGAAUAACGAUGUUAAUCUGAGACAAAUUGCAGAAGACACAGAACUCUUUACUGGAGCUGAGCUUGAAGGGCUAUGCAGAGAAGCUGGAAUAGUUGCUUUGAGAGAGAACAUAUCUGCAACAGUUGUAUCUGAUCGACACUUCCAAACAGUCAAAAAGUCACUCAAGCCAGCACUUACCAAAGAAGAAGUUGCUUCCUAUUCUUCCUUCAUGAACAAUCGAUCCGAGAGGUCUGCUCACUCAUUUGAAUCCAUCUCCAGUAAACGCGACAACAAGCAAACCAAAAACUUGUUAGUUUUCGCUGGUCCUGUUACUAUCACUGUCAUUAGUAUUGCAAUGUACAUUGGUGUGAGAUACUUUCUGAUACCAACUGAAACAUCGACGAGGGAACUAACAAGUACGUAGCAUCCAACUACGUUACUGUUAUUGCCAAGGCCUAGCUCGAGUGGCA